AUGGAUCCCCUCAGCGCUCUACGUGCAACUUACUACAUUGUUCUCUUUGGUAUCGAACUGGAUCAAGUCCCACAAGAAGUCAGAAACAGCCUAGAACUUGUGCGUACCUGCCACACCGACUUGCAGUAUCUUAUCGAAAUCCGCAAUGAGCUGCUGCCCCUUCUUCAGAGACGCCCCAAAGUCCUUGAGCGUGUCAACAGCAUCGUCGAAACAACACACAAGGGCUUGGUCGAGGUCUGUGAGAUCGUGGAAAAGAGUCGCCCUCGGCUGAACAAUGGAAGGACCCCCUUCAGGAGUAGGCUGUCCUGGAUUCUUUUCGACUCCGCACAGUUCAAAGCACAAAGACCGGUCAUCAGUCGUCAUCAUGCUUCCGUUCUCGCAGAAUUGAAUUUCCUGCGACAGAUUGCUCUGCUUGCGCCAACCCCGGAACGCGGUAAUGGCGAUGAUGAUGCCUCCAAGAAACCGACGAUGUUGUUUGACAACGUUGCACUCUUGGAGGACUUGAUCGGGAAGGCCAAUACCUCAGGAUCCGUGACCUCAUUACCGGCCUACUCAAGCGAUAUCAACCCCCCCGAGCAGCGUCAACCAGCCGAUUCAAUAACAAGUCAGGCCUUCUUUGCUUUAUCCUCCGGCCCUUCUACUGUGUACUCGGCUCUAUCUCCUCUGCCUGUACCUACAGAUUGUCCUAAACUCCCUUCCGACUUCCUUUCUUCCUCUUUGUCGAAGAUUGACAUACCCGAGCACCUCCUCGACCAACAUCAAGAUGCGCCGAGUAUACUUGGAUAUGAGGAAACAGGAGGCGAAGUCCUAGAUUUGUCUGAUGGAGACGGAAUUUCUCUUUUGUUCGGAGAUUAUGCGAACAUGACACCACUUUUAUCAUCAACGCCCUCUGUGUCGAGCGCAUCUACAUCCAUGUCACCGUGGUCUCCUGGUGCUGAGCAUCUCCAUCGACCAGUCUCCGUGGUGUCUUCCUUGUCGUCUAUGCGUGGAACACCCGGGUUUUCCAACUCGGAGACCACAUUGGUAGUUCGAUCCACCUCGGCAAUGUCUUUGGAAAAUACAGCCCAGAGGCAACAACCGCCGUCAUUCCGACUUAACAUCACCACGAAGCACUUCAUCUCCCUCUUCGGCUUCCACGCCUAUCUCAUCUUCAGCACGUCAGUUCCGCUCGUGGUCGUCGCCAUCGUUUUCACAACUAGGUCGACACAGACGUAA